GCAAGCUCGUGAACACGCGAGAUCAUCUUUCGCCAAGAGAUGGUUGUAGCAACUGCAAGCGUGCGCGAAGAUAUCGACGCCGCCAUGGAUAAUGACGGACAACUCCUUGGUCGCAUGGAGCAAGGGAUCAGCGACCUGUGGGCAUCACCGGCUGCUCGCGGCGACGGCGGCGGCGACGACGAGGCCUUCACCAUCGUGCGCCUGCCGUCCCACGUCCACGCGCAGAACAAGAGCCUGUACGAGCCGCGCGUGGUGUCCGUCGGCCCGUACGACCUCGGCAGCGGCAGCACCCGCGCCAUGCAGGGCCACAAGUGGCGGUUCCUCCGCGAUUUCCUCCUCCAGAACGCCGGCGACGGCGGCGGCGGCGGCGGCGGCGGUGGCCACCUGGACGCAUGCCUGCGCGAGGCACGCGCGGUGGAGGCGCGGGCGCGGCGCUGCUACGGCGAGCCACUGGAGAUGGGGAGCGACGAGUUCGUGCAGAUGGUGGUGCUCGACGGCUGCUUCGUCCUCGAGUUCCUGCUCAAGUGGAGCGAGAGCGAGAGCGGCGCGGCGGAGCUCGACGCGUACAUCCGGUGGAUAUGGAUCUACGUCUACUACGACCUCCUCCUCGUGGAGAACCAGAUCCCGUUCUUCGUCGUCGCCAAGCUGUUCAACCUCGCCGGCGGUGGCGGCGGUGCGGCAGCCAUGGGAGACGACGACGACGACGCAGUGGACCAGCGUCUUCUUGACCUCAUCUACAAGUUCUUCAGCCUGCACGAGCCGCUCUGCCAGGUGCCGGCGCCGAGCCAGCUCACCGUGCACCACCUGCUCCAUCUCCAGUACCAGAGGAUGGUCAUGCCGCCGGAGCGGAGGUCGACGACGUCGCGGCUGUCGAGCCGGCAGAGCGCGAGCCCGUGCAACAAGUACAGCAUCGCCGGCGGCGCGACGGCGGCGACGCCGCUGGCGAUCCCGUGCGUGACGGAGCUGCAGGAGUUCGGGGUGGCGUUCCGGGAGAAGGCGUCGCCGGUGAGCCAGUUCGACGUGACGUUCCGCGGCGGGACGAUGGAGAUCCCGCGGCUGGCGCUGAGCUCCGGCGCGAGGAUCCUCCUGGCGAACCUGCUGGCGCUGGAGCAGACGACGGGGGACUGGGAGGGGGAAGGCAUCGUGACCAGCUACCUGGUGCUGAUGAACGCGCUGGUGAACACGGGCGCCGACGUCGCGGUGCUCCAGCGGCGCGGCGUCCUGGACAACAUGCUGUCGAACGAGGAGGCCGCGGCGGCGUUCUUCAACCGGUUCGGCGGGUGCGCGCUGUUCGACCCGAGGGGGCACCACUACGCGCGGCUCUUCGCCGACGCCAACGAGUACCGCAACCACCGCUGGAACCGGUACAUCGCCGUGCUGAAGCGCGACCACCUCCGGACGCCAUGCUCCAUCAUCUCCCUGCUCGCCGCGGCCACCUUGCUGUGCAUCUCGGUCAUGUCCGCCGGCUUCAUCAUUUGCCACUAUCGCCAUGCUUGCUCUUAGUGUUUUUUUUUCCAAGAAGACGCACACACACAAAGCAUCUGCAAAUGCCUCAAAUAGCUAGCUAGUCUCACUUACAAACUAUAUGGCGGGCUUAGGAUUUUAAACUUGUGUAUUCGAAAUAGGAAAGGGUAAAAAAAAUUCGUCAUAUAUCUAAAAGCCUAAUAAUUAGCUUAUAUAGUAUCACAUACUAAUAAUUAUAUAAUAUAUAGCGUAUAUAACAUAAAAUUGAACAUAAGUUCACACAUUGAUAGAAUUGAUCAUCACUUCAAAUUAUUUAACAUAUAGAAAUACUAAUUGGUAAACAUAUCAAAGUGCCAACAUAUGGGAUACAUAAAGGAUAGAAAAUGGUAAAUUGAGAAGAAAUCUUACACCGUAGAGAUCAACUUUUUAAAGCUUGAUAUUUUAAAAAUAAGUGAUUAUUUUGAAAACAAGCAUCAUAGAUGAAUUGCCUAAAUAGCUAAUCAAGUUUGCAAGAUACUAACUAGGAACUAUGAAUAUCAAGUAUGAACUACUGUCUACUUCUUACUCACUACAGUACAAGUACCAAUUAGUCAACUACUCAAAUACUCAACUAGGCAACUACAAUUCUACCAACUAAGCAAGUAUACUACUCCCUCCGUUUCAAAAUGUUUGA